AUGCUGCUCGUCCGGGCGCGUCGGCGCAAGGUGAUAUCGACGGGGGACCGACAGCGACCGCGGUAUCGCGCCGCGACACCGCUAGGCCGUCACUUCUUGAGCGAGAGUGAUAUACUCGACCGCUCCACUGCUGGGUCAUCGGUGGUUCCGCAUGCCCAGAUGUACCGUCGGGGAUUUGGCAGCAAGUCUGACGACGCUCGGGUGCUCCAGCGGCCGGGAAUCCAGCCUCUCUCGCCAAGAGGCGCAACGCUCGCUCACUGGCAGCUGGCUGAAAGGUUCGGCACAUCGCGCUACAAGGGCGGCAAGCAGAAACAGCAGGAGCUCGAGGAGCAGCUUGCGACCUUUUCGCGCUUGCGCGACGCCGCACGCAUCUCCUACGAUUGGGAAACGCACGAAUUGCUUUUACGCGCGCUGUGGCGCUCCUGCUUUGGCCCCGGCAACGCCUCUACCUUCAAGCCGCGCUCUGAGCGCUGGAGGGAGCUCGGGUUUCAGGGUCCAGACCCGACAACGGACUUCCGUGGCGCUGGCGUCAUGGGCCUUCGACAUCUGCUGACGGUGGUCAACUCUGGACGCGCGCCGUCCACAGCAACGGGCUUUCCGCUGGCGGUGGCCUCCAUCAACGCGACGGGGAUGUUGCAGGCUUACUUUGGCCUCAACCCUCACGGGAUCCACCUGGAGCUCGUGGUGCACCUUGGCAACGUGUGGGACGAGCGCGCCAAGCCCAAUGUGAUGGACUUCCCGCUGGUGCUGGACGAGGCCUGCGCUGACCUCCACGAGGUGCUCUUGGAGGUUGCCGAGGUGACGGAGGGGCCGCUCGGCGAGGCCGUGGCCGAGGCGCUCGCCGCUCGCCGCAAGUCCCUCGUCUCUGACCUCGUCGCCCACCUCUGGACCACGGUGGGCGAGAACUGCGGUACUAACGCGCCGCCAGCCACGCCGGAGAGCACCGGCCGCAUCGCGAGCCUGUGGUGA